AUGAAGUUUUCAGUCUUGAUCCUCCCCGUCCUGGCAUCAGGCAUCACCGCGCUCUACGUGCCCGACAAGCUGGUGCAAGCGUUCCUCAAGGACUCGUCAGAGGGCAACUGCUGCAACGAGACGCCCUGCUUCAUCGGGUGUCCAGUGGAGGGAGUAUUCCGCCUGGAGUUGAGAAAGUCUAAUGUACUGACGCAUUCAUUCGACGGAUCAGCUUUGCUGCUGAACAACGAAAACCCGCAGGCCAAAAUCAAUGGGAGCCCUAAGGGGCCCAGGAGUGGUCGUUGUAUGGAGUUCUUCUGUGGAAGUUUAAGCUCGGCCGACCAAACGUGUUGGGGUGAAGGGGGAAAGAGUGAGGAGGACCGAUGCCUUUCGUUAUGUUGCUGUUUCUUGGAGGAGAAGCAGAGCUGUUCCUUGUACCACUGA